CAUACCAGUCCAUAUGAAGUAUAAAUUAAAGCCAGUUGUGUUUUAGAUUUUAUCCAACAGAUAUGCUCUCUUCCUAAACACAGAAAAUGGACCAGGCAAUCGAUUUACUUACAAGCCAUUCACGAGAAGAUGCUAUCACCACCAAACUCAUCCAGCCUCCUUGGUUCCGAGCGUCAGAAAUCUUGUUGUACUGUCUGUUCAUCAUAUCAGCAGUGACGGCAGCCCUCAAGUUGCAGUUUGACACCUUCAGCUGUAAUGUCGUGGAAUGCAUAUAUAACGAAACCCUAACUACCAUACAAACCUGUCCGCGAUUCCAAACUAGGAGUUUAGACGCAGACGCCACCUACAAUUUUAUCGAUGACAAGUGCCGAGAUCAGAUGAUACCGUUCGUUUUGGAAAAUAUCCCAUUUAUUUACUUUAUAAUUGCAACUAUAUUACUGAGCUGCAGUUCGCUGUGGUUGAAAUUGCCAAGUAGUGCACUCUACAUUGAACGCUUUGUUGGAUUUGUUAAGGAAUGUAACGAGGCUAUAGAGACACACGGCUCUGUGUAUUGGGAGUAUGUUUCAGAUACCAGCCUACCAGCCUACCGUCAACAAAACAGAGUGGUUCAAUUUCUUAUAACAUGUUUUUGUUGUAGAAAUAGAGUUUCCCCAGACAAUGUAAGAGAGAAGUCAUCAAGCACUGGUUCUUGCCAAAAUGGAUCGGAUCUUGAACCAAUACAGAAAUUAAGCAAACUGCAUGAUAAAUUUGUACACAUGGUAAAACCUCAAAAACGAAAAAUACAUGUAUGUGUUAUUCUGAUACUUCAACAAGUAUUACUAACAGGACUGUCGUUGGUAUUUUUUUUGUGUGUUUCUUGCACAUUCUUUUGGUUUGAUUUUUUGCGAAAUGAAUAUAUCUGUGUUUUAGAGGAAUACAGUAGAAUUGCAUGCCAUUAUCGUUUGUAUGCAACUUACUAUUUUUUUGCUGUUAUUUUUUGUUUUUGCAAUUGUUUUCACUGUUUCCUCUCAUGUGUGCAUCUCUGUUGGGUGAUCCGUCACUCGUUUACACCUAUCGAUAUUUCAAGAGAUCCUAAAGGGCGGAAACGUUAUGUUUCAGGUCAACUUGGACUGAUGUUGCACUUAUUGACGACCAAUGACACGUAUUUUGUUAGCAGGGUGCAGUUUUUUAUGAAUGAUAAAACGAAAGCCCCGGUGACAUAUGAGGAAAAGGAACUGAUGUAUUCAGAAGAAAACCUUGAACGCAUCAACAAUAAAAAAGGACAAUUGCGAUUACAAAAUUUGCAAUUCAGGCCGCGUAGUUUUGAUAGUCUGCAUCGUAUUCCAAAUCUUACAGUUCUUGGCCUUACUAAUUGCAACUUGACUGAAUUUCCGUUUUGUAUUCUCUUAUCGAAAUCACUGAUGAAAGUUGACUUAUCUGAUAACAAAAUUGAAAUAAUUCCAAGACUUACCGGCGAGGUCAAAGAUCGGACGGGAUUGAACUCGCUAGUGCUAGAUGAAAAUCAUCUUCUGCCGAUUAGCAUGAUAAACUUAAGUACAUGGACAAAGUUAAAGAUACUCUCUAUCGUUAACACGAUGGGUAAAAAAGAGCUUAAAUUUUCUUAAGAAUGUUUACAUACCCAAGCAUUUGAAGGGCUAGAAAUUGUAAUUGGUGAAUUCAACGGUGACCAAGAAAGCGGGCAAGACAUCCUGUCGUAUCUAACGAAUAGUGAUUUGC